AUGGAGGUUUCGGCAUUGGCACUACACACCGACUUGACACCGACGGCAUCUAACGUGGAGCAGGCUUGCUUGGCCCUUCCCUACAUCGACCUAACAAACAUGUCUUCAAUAUUUUCUAUAAUCCACGAGCGAUCGAGCAAACUACUGUCAUACAUCCACUUUCUUUGCCUCGGGUCACCCGAUACCAGUCUCCCAGCUUCCAUUCUACUCUGGCUCGUCCGAAUCAUCACCUUCUCCCUCCUUCUCCGCACCUACCUCGUUCCAUGGUUCCUCGCGCUUAUGUCGGAUCGGAUACGCGUCCGGAGCAUCAGCUUUCGUUCGAUUCGUGGCUUGUAUUUCCGGAAAGGCGCCCAUACGUGGAGAGUGGACCGUAUCGGUUAUGUCUGGUCUUCGGUGGAGGGAUCUCGACGUUUUGCACUCAAGAUAGAUGGGCUAAGCCUCCAUAUCUCAAAACACGAAGAAAAUACGGCUGCAUCACUCCCGCACCGACACAAUCGCAACCUUACGCUCGCAGACUUCCAUCCCUCUCCUCUAGCAAGAAAGUUAUGGCAGAUCAUUUCCGCUGUAACAUCCUUUCUGGAGCCCUACUUCAGACCCGUCAUUCGCUCAUAUGUCAUCGCCUGUCUACGUGUCGGAAUUCAGUGGCUACCGAGAAUCGCCCAAGCCCUGUCAUUCGACCUCUAUACGAUUACCUUGACGUUCGCGGAUAUUCCUGGAGCAAAGAUCGACGUCGCCCACAUUAGGCUACACACGGCACUGACGCUCACGCAACUGGAAGGAAUCGUUGAGGAUCUUGUGAAUGAGCAGCUGCCAGCUCGUCCAGACCCUCGAGUUGGUCAUGGUAUGGGACUUUGGAAGAAGCGGCUGGCGGAAGGCUUUCAGCGUUCGUUGGAUAAGGCCCUUGGCGAAACGCGUGGAACAGCUACCUUGUCUCUCAAGAUAUCCAAUAUAAAGGGUGUCAUGCCUCGAUCGUCGAAGCAAGAUGCAUUGAGUAUUCCUUUCCUCCUUUCACCUGGAAUCAUUGAUUUGGCCAUUUCUGCCAAAUUCAAUCCCAAAGAGGGCGUCAUCGAGACACACGGGCUCGAGGUAUCCUUGAAGAUCGGAGACUGCUCAGCCAAAGUCGAUUUGCUCAAUCAGCUGCUGGAGAAGGUGAUGCCGAAGAAAUCACCACCGCUACCGACAAUAAACCGUUCUUUCCCCUCUCCCAAUGCGUCUACAAAUGGUGAUACACCACUUCGCUCUGCGUUUAGUUUUGGGUCUCGUGCAUCCAUCGUCCUUCCUUCUCCAGUCCAAUCUUUUGCGUCGUCCUUGUUCUCACCUUCAUCUGUGUUCUCACCAUCGGGAGCAAGCUCCGCAAAACCCUCGCUAUUUUCUCCUAAAUCCGGGCAGUUGUUGCCGCCGAGGUCACCUAAAUCACCCUCGUCACCUUUCUUCCAGGCAAUAUCGGCUUCCAUGCGUCCACGUCGUCGCCAGCUUAUACGGCCGAGUGUCAAGUUAAAGGACUUGAAGGAUGAAUCCAAGUUGUCUAUCUUGCAUAGCGUCACUGUUUCUGUGGCCUCCGUUGGGCUCUCUGCUCUCUCUCAUAAAGAAACCGGGCCCUACAAGGCGUUGAUCAGCGACAUAUCCGUGGAUUUCUCCCUCAGCGAUCCCUCUCGCAACGAUUUGCAUAAUGAGCAUCUCGGCGCGCAAGCAGGAGUCGAGACCUGCUACUCAAAUGCUUAUGCCUUGAAACUCACAUUGCGUCAGAUCACUUUGGAACGAGAUGCGCGACCGCAUACCAUGUGCCUUGCCAGAAUAGCGCUUGUGGAAUUGCAGACAUUGGUUUUUCAGUGGCCAGCACCCUUCCUUUUUCCAUCGCCAUUCUUGCGUAAUGAUGCCAAUGCGUCCUUUUUAGCCAUACAUCUCAAAUUCACAAAUAUUCAUCUCACAGAUCGUCUACACGAUUUGCAGCGAGUCCUCGACGUCUUAGAGAAAAGGGAGAAGAAGAACAAAGAACCCUCGGCCGCACCGAUACCUUCUUCCAUACCAUUACCGCGGCUGGCCAUAUCCAUCGAAUGUGGGCCGAUAGUUGCAAAAGCCAUCUACGACUCGGAUAAAGGCGAAAGACAUCGUGCCAUAGAACUCAGAAAUAAUGGAUUCGCCGUCACUUUGAAUUCUGAAUACCGGCACCCCUCAGCCGCUAUCAAUCGCCUCUUCCCAGCAGCCAGUUCUGUCCAACCCCUUCAAUGGCAGUGCAAUCUCACUGUCAACUUGGAACCCCUACUCGUUAGGAUACGCUCAAAGGACGGUCUCGUUGGCACUGGAGAGCCAGCUCUUCGCAUUUCUGAUCCAGGUUUUUUGGACGACCCUCCUGUGUUAUCAAUAGAAGGCGUUGAAGUGUCCGGCGUGGGGAAAGCCAUUGGGCAACUCGAUGGACUCACUACUUCAGCUGCUUUUAUUGAUCCAACGACAUUGAUAUGUGACUUAUCGGUUGCAUUUGAUACCGUUUGUCUGGAGCUUUGGCACUCUGUCUCCGUAGAUGCAAUGCUUCGUCUAGCAUCGAUGUUACCCCAAAAGAAAGCUUCGUCUCAGCCACCGCAACCAAUGGCACCUCAUUCUCGAUUUUCCCGCUUACCCAUAGGUUUAUCCUUCAGGACAGCAAUAUCGCGACUGGUUGUUUUUAUCACCGCACCAGAUAUCAGCCCAACUGACAACUUGGAGCUUUCUCGUGGGUUUGCACUUCGUACGUCUGCAGCCCUCGAGUAUAGCUCUUUACACCACAACCACGUGCAUUGGUUCGAAAGUCCUCAAAGAGUCCAGCAAAGGACCAAGUUGCAAUUGCUCCCUGAUACCCUCCCAGAUGCACUCAGCGCAGCAAAGAGCUUUGGCGCCCGGGGCCAGAAGUCGGGCUUCCUCAAAAUGAGACUUGGUGGCCUCGUCUUCAAGACUGCUGUAGCCACGCAGUUCGAGCCUGAUGACCCUGCAAUCGUGGGCCGGGAAGAGCCACCUAAUAAUCCUCAGGAAGUUUUCCGAAUGCCCAGCCUGCGAAUGGAUAUCUGCCUAUCUUCGAAACCGUCCGACGACCUUCUGGGCCUCAGUGAUGUCUGUGAAGUGACGGCGCACAUCCCUUCCGUCCAUAUCAAGUUCCAAUUGGCGCAUGCGUACAGCAUUCUCCUUGGACUCCAGACUAUCCGCAUUCUUAGCCUGCCUGGACCUCCGGACCUCCAGCCAGUGAUAAAGGACAAACCAAAUAUUGUUUUGCGAUUGCAAGCCAACAUUACGACUAUCCAGGCUUUGUUAACGUUGCCCUCGCAAAAACUCGUCGCUCGAUUUGAUGGAUUGAGCGCACACAUGAGGUCAGACGCUCCACCACGAGUCAAGUUAGCUAAAGCAGCUGUUUUCGUUGCUCUGCCUUCCAGGACCAAUCCAUGGGAAGAAAGUUCUCCCGGUCUGUGGGAUGAAUUCGUAUCCCUGCAAUCCUGGGAGAUUACCUUCACCUCGCUUGCUGGAUCCAUGUGCAUUUCCGUGGAUGGAGACAGUGCACGUUUACGCAUUCCCUACGGUUUCGUCCUGGCCGAUCUGAUCCAAGAUGCCAGUGUCUCUGCCAAAGCUGUAAAACAUAUGGCGCAUAUGGCUGGUGCUGGAUGUUACUCGGACAUGCCGCCUCCUGAGCCAGAGGGCCCCAAGUCAGUGCCACACUUGACCGUUCGCUUUGGGUACCUCUGUGUGGAAGCACAAGAUGAUCCCUUUGAAAGCAAGCUGGCACUGAUUUGGCAAGUUGGAGCAGAGGCAGUCAAGCAGCGUAUUGAUCGCGAAGAAGCUUUCGCGGCCAAAGUAGCGGCAAUCUUGUCAGCAGAGCCCGAGCUUCAAACUGAGACGGAGGUCUCCAAGGAUCAAGUUGCUGAACAGGAAUACCAAUUCAGUGCUAAGCAUACGAUACCGAUACAAGAGGCAAGGCAGAGGCUGGAUGAUGUUCACGUUUUGGAUUGGACUAUGCGGUUGCAACGAGCUAGAGAGCAACGUUUGAGGAACCACAAUUUCAUUCUCCACAAGUUGUACGGAGGUUCAGUGCCCAUUGCAUCAGGCACGUUUCCCGACUUCGUCAAGCUACCGCCACCGUCGUUUCACCCACCCCUACUCCGUGCUAUGCUGAAGAACCUUUGUCUCACCAUUUCACCUCCAUCUUUUACCCUUGACCGCCUGCCUGAUGUCAUGCAUGAAUUUGGUAGUGGCCUGCCGCGCGAGACGGCGUUUUCACUCCUGGUCCCAUUACACGUCCAUUUCACCCUGUCAUCGUUGCGUGUGACUUUGAGAGACUAUCCAAUCCCUUUAGCUAGCAUCCCUCCUCGAAAGGACUCCAAAGCAGUUGCUUGGACCUUUGAAACCGACCUCAUCAUCGGCGAAGAAAUGGGCACGGAUUUGUCCGUCGAUUGGGUCCGGUGCACAGUCAUAGAGCCGCAUCAAACUCUUCAUGGUGAAGCACCCUUCGCAAUCAUGGUCCCCAAGACGAUUAUGCCCGUCAAGACGUAUGCUGCACCAAUCAUCAAGAUUGCGGCGUCUGAUCCCACGACAGUGUCGUGGGGUGUAAGCUAUGGCCCUGCUAUUCAAGACCUGAUGAGAAUUCUGGAUACACUCUCGAGUGCGCCUCGAGAUGGUUCGCCAGCUGUAGGAUUCUGGGACAAGAUGCGACUCGUUUUCCACUGGACAGUCAAGGUGACUUUUGCGAGUGAUGUAAGGCUUUUCAUGAAAGGAACUCGGGACCCGUAUAACACUAUUGACGCCGGAACCGGUUUCGUUCUGGCCUGGCAAGGAAAUCCAGAAAUACGCGUGGGAUACGAAAACUACCAGAAAGAAUUGAUCCAAGUCAUGAGUGAUGGUAUGGUCAUUGGGAUUCCUGACCUCGAGCCCUUCAACGCGAAAGUGCGCUCACCCGCUGGCCCAAGGCCUUCUCAAUUCCCAAAACCCUUCUUGAAAGUUGCCGCGCGUUUGAGCUCAGGAGUGCGGUUUGGACUUGGUUUUGUCCUCGAGAGAUCUUGUGGUUCAGAGUGCUUGCAUUGCACGGGCACCGCCUUCCACCGUCAAUGUAGAUACUUUUCUUUCCGACCACACUAUGAUGUCAAGCUCGAGAGGAAAUCAACACGGCCAGAGUACAAAAGUACCGAUGAUUCUUUCAAUGGGUUCCGAUCCGACUUUAUCCAUCUAUCUGUAUCUUUAGCGUCGUCCACCAAGAGCAAAGAUUUGAAGGGCGACCCGAAAUCUAGCAAUCUCUAUCUGACCCCAAAGCUCUUCGCUCAUUUUUGGUCAUGGUGCUCCUUGUUCGAUGGUGCCCUCACUCUUCCAAUCCGUCAAGGCAGCUAUCAUCCUGCGCGUCCCAUAUCUCCAAAACUUGGCCGUCACCUCUCAACGCUAAAGUAUAGAAUAUCUAUUCUUCAUCUAUAUUUUGUGCACGGAUAUAUCGAUGACUCGAGAGAAACUUGGGUUGACGGCGUCACUCCAUGGGUUGGAGUAAAAGGAAAGGUCGACGAAUUGCAAGCCGACAUGCAUCAGCGGGAGGAGGAGUCAACUGUUCCAGGUCCUAUUCCCGACACAACCAGAACAAUACGACGGAAACCAUUCUACGCUGCGGAGCUUAUCCUGAAAGGACUAGAACUGCGGACAAUGCUCGCAACUUUCUCAGAACCUUUGAAGCGGAAUGUUCAAAUAACGAGCUCUCCGCAAAGGAGCAAUUAUAGGAAACACACGAAUCUACCUACAAUUCCGCCGACGUCUAUUUGGCACGACCUUGAUGACUUUGUGGAGCUCGACUGGACUUCGGAAGACCUCCCUACUUUGCACUUGCUUCCCGUGGUGGCAUGCCCCCACUUCACCUAUUUCAAGCGUAACUCGGAUCUUUCCAAGUCUGAUACACACUCAAGCAAGUUUGGCUCUGAACACUCACACAUUUGUUUGCUCGGAAAGGAACCCUCUGUUCCACGAACACAAAUUUCUCUCGCAGCAACGAGGGUCGCCGAGUUGAAAGGCCUCAUUGACCAAGAAACUGCCUCCAAGGCUGGAAAAGAACCAACUAGAUUGAUGAACAAGAUGGUGUCUUUGCUCGAAGACUACAUCGCCGUUCUGCAAGAAGUCGAGAUAAAACCGGACUCAUCGCAAAACUACCAUAUGCCUGCUGAUAUCGUGUCACCCGACGAAUGGGCUGAAUUCGACAACGUAUACCAGAUCCAUUGCCCCAGUAUCUUCAUGGAUGCCGCAGUCCGGGAUAUUGUAUUGCAAUACUAUUACUGUUCACGCGAUCGGCGAGGGUUCGAAUACCAUAUGGCAACGCGUGCCGUCAAGUUUAUCCGCGACCAAGCAAACGCGGCUAUGAUAUUAAAUGGCAAUGAUGAAGACAAGGAUCGCGUGGGAACUGCCCAGAUUGCCGCCUCUGCCCUUCGAAAGAUAUUGAAAGGCGACAAUAAUACGAAGACCUCCGUCGACGUGAUUCGCGAAAAACAGCCUGAUAUCUCGGAAAAGAUUGACCCUCUGGAUGGAUGGGCUGAAGGUGUUUCUUUGCUGAAGAGCCACUGCUUCCUUCUCUUGAAGCCACAAAUUGUCCUGCGUGGCGAUACUCCGACAGAUGCCCUCAUCGUGGCAGCAGCUCAGUCCAAGCUCCAAUCCUUCUCAAUUAUGGAUCUAGCAAACCUUGAAGAUCCUGUCAGUGGAAAAGUUAUGUCAAGGAAUUACACCUCUCUUAACGGUUUGCAGUGCUUUGCUCCUACUGGCCAGGGGACUGCUGGAGAUGGUUCCGUUCCUCUGGAGGUUUUAAUUGAUCUUCGAUGCGAGAGUAAUGCGUUCGAACGCCUUGUCCCUCAAACCGAUGCCACCUUCCACUACGACAAAUUCAAUCGGCUUCGAUUGCGAAACAACGUGACGUCGAUUGUAAGCAAGACAAGCACUCAUUCACAGCAUAAUCACCUCCAAGAUCAGACGGAUCUCGUUCGAGUUCAUAUUCCCCGCUUCACGGUCGCCGCCAAUUCAGAGCAUUUCCAGGCCAUAUCAAACAUUGUCACGAAGCUCGUCCUUUUCUCCGAUCCCGCACAUAAGACGAGACUAGACAAGCUCGAAACUCUCGUUUUCGCCUACGACUUCACCGAUCUGGCCUCGGCGGCUCCGGUUGUUUCUAGCCUCCAAUCCCGUCUCAGAGACGCGUUGGAGACGGAGAAGCUCACAUUACGCAACCCACGCCGGCUGGAGGACGAGGAAAAGCGGAUCGCGCUGCUCCAAUUAAAGGCGCACAUCUUCCUGCUGUCGGAAGAGCUGAACCUUCUGUUCGACGCUAUCAAGAUGGCUCAAGACCGGUUUGAUGAUCAAGCGGACCAGAAGUCGGCUUUGCUCUUGCAUGCUUCAUCCUCAGAAAUAUCCUGGAGGAUGCUGGACUCUCGAAAGAACCUCCUUUCCAAGCUCGUAGUUUCCAAGAUCAACUUCCAUUGGCUGAGUCGGCAGGACAGUUCAACGGUCAAUCAUUUGACGAUCGGCAACCUUACUGCGUUCGAUGGAUCUCGAUAUGCAAUUUGGUCUGAAAUUUUGUCGAAACACGACGAGCCGUCUAAUCAUUCCCUCUUAAAGCGCGGCCUCUUCCUCUUGGCGAACUGGACCAUUCUCGCUCCUGUUGGUGGUAUCACGAUCUACGAAUCCUUCGAACUUACCCUGCAUCCUCUGCGCCUACAAGUCGAUGCCAAAGUCGGGCGGCGCAUUAUGGAGUAUUUCUGGCCAGACCGAAAGGCCCAUCGUGUCGAGGACACGCCCGACACAGAGGCUAUGCCGAAGACCCCGCUCGAAAUACAGAUCAAGAGCCCGACAUCUCCUCAUGGGCGGUCGUCUAUCGACUCUCCGCGAGCUCUGUACAGCCCUAAACGUGCGGAUUCCACCGGGAAAAAUCUUGCCCCCCCACCACUGCGGAAGCUUGGGACUUCGAGGUCAUUCACGGAUCUUCGAGCUGCCAAGGAAGGCCAGAUUGGAGGAUCAAUCGGAUUCUUGAGCCCUCCUGCGUUUUUGAAGAGAACGCAGUCAACUGAUUCGGUUAACUUCGCGAGUCUUCUGGAUGUUCCGCUCACUCCAGGACCAAGUAGUGCUUUCGAGACUGAACCACUUGAUCCUCAGGAUCAUAGUAAAGACUCUGGCGAUGCGCAAGUCAUGAAGAGCCGAUCGUCACAGAAGAGUUUCGUUCUCGUACGCAUUUCGAGCCUCCAUCUACUGUUGAGUGUGGUCAAAGAAGGGUCGUUUGAAUGUCACGAUGCCAAAAUCAAGACAAGAGAACUUGAAUACCGCAACCAGACGUGGAGUUUCGAGGAGCUGGUCAAUCAAUUCAUUCCUUCAAACAUGAAUUGGCGAGGUUGGGUCAAGAUGGCGUUCCACCAACCCUUGAUUCCUGUUCUACCUGUUGCCCGUGAAUUGCUGGCGAAGACGAAGUGGACAGCAUCGAAAGGCACACAGCCGCAUGAUAGCCCGCUGAAACUGCUCCAUCCGAGCAUGUUUGUCGCGGAUGAUGAGCAUCGGUUGGCGUUGAUUGAGAAGAGUGAAGGCUUCAGAAAGCGAAGCCAAGACGGACCAUCGAGGAGCCUUUGGAAGAACCCGAGGCGCAGCAAGGAUGCUCAAGACCAGCCUCCUCUGCUGACAUCGCUUCCUCUGACGGCUGAACCUGAAUCGAUGGACUCUUUGGACCGUCCUGUCAGUCCCCAUGAUCGGCCAACCGGACGUAAGAGAGUCAAGAGCCUGUUUAGCAAGUCACCGAGGAAUCGUUCGAAGAGCAAGGGCCCGCCCCCUCCUAAACGCCAGUCCGAGGAACUACUGAAGUAA